AUAAUUCAGGUUCUGGUUUUCUGGGGUUGAGCUGAAAGGGUUUCAACGUCGUUAUCUGGCCAUUGCCAACACCCAUCUAGAUCUAAACUGCCAUGCACCGACUUCUUGGUCUGGAUAAUUUCCCUAUACAUGCUCAUCUACGAACAAGAAAAGCUUUGUAAUUGCUUCAAUCAGCUUGGGGAUGAUCAUUGGCCUCGUUUGCAUCGAUCAAACCUGAAGCAGAUAGGUAGACCUGAAUAUUCUGCACCCUUGCACAUCAGCAUACAGCACUCAUCUACUGCCAGUGCACCUCAACAGAAUCCACAACAAAAUGCUCAACAGAAUGGCUCACAACAGAAAGAUAAUUUGAUCAUUUCCUUUCAGCAAUUUAAGAGGCUGAAAUGGAAAUCUAUCACUUCCUCUUUUUGAUUUCACUCUUCAUCAUCAUGUUAUACCUCGGGGAGUGCCAAAAUGAGCAGUGUCCUGAAUUGCGGUGUGGAGAUGAAGGCCCAGCCAUUCGAUUUCCUUUCCGACUUAAAGGCAUGCAGCCACAUCGUUGUGGCUUUCCUGGGUUUGAUGUAUUCUGCACUCAUGCAAAUGAUACGGUGCUUGAGCUACCCAUUUCAGUAAAGCUCUAUAUCAAAAGGAUUGACUACAAAUCUCAAGUUAUUCAACUAUAUGAUCAAGACGAUUGCCUUCUCAGGCAACUUCUGGAACUUAAUCUAUCUUCCUCGCAUUUCCAAUACAAAGAAGAGGUAAACACUUAUGGCUAUGCCUUGUUCAAUUGUUCCUCAAGACAAGUACUACCUGAAUACAUUGAUCCCAUCUCUUGUCUUAGCGGCCUUGGAUACCAAGUUUAUGCCUUGGCAUCUAAUAUGGGUGACCCCAAACUCUUGAUGAUAAUUACAUCUUGUACAAGGAUAUAUAAUGAUCUACUCAUCCCAUAUGAUAUAAUAUUGAGGGGUCAUGAUAAGAUCCUUCCCUUGGAAUGGAAGGAACCAGAGUGCAGACACUGUGAAGCGAAAGGCAGGAUGUGUGGAUUGAAGAAUAACAGCACUACAUCAGAAAUAAAGUGCUCAUCCAAAUUAGACAAUACUCCAGGUGUAGGUGCUUCAAAAAAGAUAGUGGUUGCUGGUGCCAUCUUAGGUUCAUUUGUUUUACUACUAGUGGUCUUUGUAGUCUAUCGUUUCUACAGCAAUGACAAAGUAGAAAAGGAAUAUCAAGCAAGGAUCGAAACAUUCUUGGAGGAUUAUAGAAAUUUCAAGCCCGCCAGAUACAUGUAUACUGAUAUUAAAAGGAUUACAAAUCAAUUUAGUGAGAAGAUAGGCGAAGGAGCCUAUGGAACAGUAUUUAAAGGAAAGCUUUCCAAUGAAAUCCAUGUUGCUGUGAAGAUCCUAAAAUAUAGUUUCAAGGGAAAUGGAGAAGACUUCAUAAAUGAAGUGGGAACAAUUGGUAGAAUCCACCAUGUUAAUGUGGUACGCUUGGUUGGCUUUUGUGCCGAUGGAUACAGACGGGCACUAGUUUAUGAGUUCUUGCCAAAUGAUUCACUAGAUAAGUUCAUAUCCUCAGUAGAUGCAGCCAAAAACCGUUUCCUUGGUUGGGAGAAGUUGCAAGAUAUUGCUCUAGGCAUUGCCAAGGGAAUUGAAUAUCUUCACCAAGGGUGUGACCAACGAAUCCUCCAUUUUGAUAUCAAACCGCAUAAUGUCUUGCUAGAUCAAAACUUCAAUCCAAAGAUUUCUGAUUUUGGUCUUGCCAAAUUAUGUUCUAAGGACCAAAGUAUAGUAUCAAUGACAACAGCAAGAGGGACCAUGGGUUAUAUUGCACCAGAAGUGUUCUCAAGGAAUUUUGGCAUUGUGUCUUAUAAAGCAGACGUUUAUAGUUUUGGAAUGUUAUUGCUCGAAAUAGUUGGAGGCAGCAAGAUUUUUGCAGAUAUAGUGGAAAUUAGCACUAGCAAAAACUACUUUCCAACAUGGAUCUAUAACCUUCUUAUAGAACAAAAAGAAGACCUACAAGUCCUUAUUGAGGAUUAUGGAGAAGCUCAAAUUGUGAAGAAACUUGCGAUUGUGGGGCUCUGGUGUAUCCAAUGGCACCCAUUGGAUCGUCCUUCCAUGAAAGUUGUGAUUCAAAUGUUGGAAGGAGUAGAAGAUAAAUUAAUUGUGCCUCCUAACCCAUUUCCCUCUACAGGUGUUGCCAAAAUCAAUGCACAGAUGCCUCCAAGACGCGGUCUAGACUAGCUAGGAGUAAGAAUUAAGUCCGAAAUUAGGGUAAGUAUACUUAGAUUGUUGGUUUUUGGUGAUGUUGUAGGCUGCUCAAUUCUAAUUGUACAAUUAAAGGAUUGAAAAUACCAAUUGAACAGCCAAUGUAAGUGUUUCAAGCACCCCUAUAUAUAAUGGACUUCAUGUAACAUUUUAUUUUCUGAUUUUAA